AUGGCCGGCCUUGCAGAAGGCCUAGCUUGCGAUGAUGAUGCAGGCAUGGAUAGCUCCGAUGAUGAACCCGACGGCCUAGAGGAAGCCAAGACGGGGCUUGAUAUGCUCCUGCGCUCGCUUGGCCCUGGUGUCCUCGCUCCCAGGCCUCCUACUGCAAAGCCUGCUCCAGUCGAGAGGGUGAACCACGACCACCCACCGGUUUCUUCAAGCCCGGAUUCCAUCCGGAGUGAUCCUGCUGCGCCGGCUGCCGUCUCCGACACAGUGGUUGUCGAGUCGUACAACGAAGUCCUCUGCCCUGCGCAACUUCAAGCUGAAGCAGUCGACGCUGAGCUGGGCAAAGCCAUCUUCCAGCACCGCCGUCGAGCAACCUGUCGUGAACAACACAUCCCCUCUUCCAUCAUUGGGCGAGGGGCGACCGACGUGCAGACGCAGGCGUUUCGCAAGCACGCCGGCACGACAAAACACAAGCUGGCGAUGGAGAAGCAGGAGGCUCUGCUGAACGCGACCUCAAAGCAGCCACGGAUCGACCAACAUCGAGCCGCCGUCGAUGCUGAGAAGAACCGAGUCAUGGCGUUGCUCGACUCCAUGCUCUUCGUACGGCUCCGGGAGGCACUUGCAGCGAAGGAUGCGGCUGAGGAGCUCCCCGUCUUCGACAUGGUCGACGAUCUCAUCCGGGCUGUGGCCGAUUUGCUUGGUCGGUCGGGACCGCGCCACGCACGGUUCAUGGAUCUGCAAGAGGUUAUCACUGAGACAAGCCUUAAAGUGCAAGGCAUCCACUCCGUUUGGUGGCUGUCAUGGGGGGAUGCCGUCCGUCGCCUUGUCGCUGUUUUGCCGGCAGUGAUUGUGUUGCUGAAGGAGCUUAACAGCAAGAUGUACGCGCUGGCAAGCUCCUACCGUUUUCACUUCUUCCUUUACUUCCUGGCUGAUGUGCUUGAGCAGCUCAACAUCUUGAACAAGACUUUCCAGCAGAGACAGCUCGAUCUGGUGUCUUUGCAUGCGCAGAUCAAGCGGACAACGCGUCACAUCGAGAGCCGCUACGUGGACUGCGGCGAUGACUUCGGUGGUGGCAGCAGCCAGUGGCUGUCACCUUUCCUGGAGCGCCAUGGCCCGGGGUGUAGCCGCGAAGUGAAGGUGGAAGGUGUCGACAGCGACGGCCGACCAUCUUCUUUCACGUUCACCCUUCACGACGAGCCCGUGGACUCGUACAGCGGCCCGGAGGACCACGACGGCUGCAUCCAGUUGUGCACCGAGUUCGCAGAGAGGAUCAUGGCGAACCUGGAGGGAAGGCUCGGUGAUCUAGACUCGCUCUCUGGAGUCCGCCUGUUCACACCUGAUGCAUGGCCACAAAGCAAGUCUGAGCGGAAUGCUCGUUGCCAGGAGUGGCUUCACUCGCUGGUGACGAUGUUCAAGGCUCAGGACCGUGAGGAGAUCUUGCCAGGCGACAACAAGAAGGGCAAGCAUGACGAGCCAGUAGAUGUAGAUGAUGAGGAGCCAGUAGGAGAUGCAGGAGGUAGUUCUAGUGAUGAAGAUGAUGAAAUGAGCAGCUAA